CACCCGGUAGUGCGUGUGUUGACAGGAGCUACAUGAGUUUGGUGAAGAACAGCGCAGUGAAUAAACAGCAAGAUGACUUCCCAGGAGACACGACUGUGCAGUCUUCUGCUGAAGGAGCAUUUUGGAGAAGUGGUGGAGAAAGUGGGAACACACCUGCUCAAAAAUGGAGCGCAGAAUUUAAGAACCAUCAUUCAUGAGACUGGCAUCUCCCUGGACCUGAUUAAGAAGUCCCUGUGUGUGCUCAUGCAGCAUGGAGUCUGCCAUUUCAGCUCAGGACGCAGAGGGCCCGGCAGCCCGACAGAGUAUCGGACCAGCUGCCAUCUGAUUCUGCGGUUCCUACGUUACCCACGUUACAUCUACACUGCCAAGACUCUUUAUGGUGACACUGGCGAGCUGAUCGUGGAGGAGCUACUGCAGCGAGGUCACAUGACCAUGAGUAGCACUGUGAAGACCGUCGCUGAUCGUCUGACGCAAAACAUGGAGGAGGGGCGCAGCAUGGAGUACAGCGAGGUGACCUCUACUUUCUCCAAAUUGGUGGAGACCCAUUUUCUUCAGCGCUGUCCCAUGUUGGCCACAGCAGGGACUGCGACACAACGUGAAACCACAGCUACCCCCGCUGCGUCUGUCCAUCUGCCAAAGCCAGAAACCUUCCCCGAUUGUUACAGCAUACCACAGGUGUCUCUGAUUGGGCGGGGCAAACGCCAGCUCUCAACAGAGGAAGGAGAGGACCAGAGAAACGCAAAGAAAGCUAGGACGGACUCUCAGACUCAUGGCGAUGAGAGCAUUUACUGGCAGGUGAAUUUUGAGAGAUUCCAUCAACACUUCAGAGACCAGGCCAUCAUUGGGGCUGUGGCGAAUAAAAUGGACCAGACCAGCAGCGAGAUCGUGAGGACGAUGCUGAGGAUGAGCGAGGUCACCACUGCGGGCAAUGCCCCCUGCACAAAGCCGCUCUCAGCCAACGAGAUAUUCCGCUCCCUUCCAACCACUUACAACAUCGCCCGACACAUUCUGGACCAGUACCUCACUCUGCUGGUGGACGAUCCAAUGGAUGUAGUGGGGAAGGCUGGUGAAAGUGGAGGCGGGAUGUUCACUGUCAAUCUGCACAAAGCAUUAGCCAACUUAGCACGAGCCACGAUUGAGUCAGUGGUCCAAGAAAGAUUUGGGUCCCGAUCUGCUAGAAUCUUCCGCUUGCUGCUCCGAAAACGGCACCUCGAGCAAAAGCAGGUUGAGGACUUUGCCAUGAUUCCAGCCAAGGAGGCCAAAGACAUGCUGUAUACACUGCUGUCCCACAACUUGGUCCAGCUGCAGGAAAUCCCAAAAACUCCAGACUUUGCUCCUUCUAGAACUUUCUAUCUGUACACAGUUAACCAGCUCCCCACAGCAAGAAUGCUCCUUCAGAACUGCUACAAGGCUGUUGCGAACCUCAUAGAAAGACGCCUGUUUGAGACGAAUAACAACAAUGUGAUGAUGGCCGGACAGGCGACUGCUGGAGAAGUCUCAGAGAAUCGAGGCGAUUCUGGCGUCCCUGCAGGCCAGCGGCGCCGAGCCAGAGCAGCUGACGGAGGUGGAGGAGAUGAUCACAGCUCCAGAAAAACAACAACUGGAUUCCUUACGGCUUCAUAUAAACAAGCUAGAUUCUGCAGAGAACCAGGUGGAUGAAACCAUGUUCCUUCUUGAAUCGUACAUCGACUCCACGGCUAGUGCUGCCACCUGAGGAUAACUUGCUUAAUUUAGCCAUCACAGAUCAUGAAUGAAUGCUUGAGUUUUAUUUUUUACUCACUAGCUUGACUCAUUUGGGAUGAUGAAUAAAAAUCAAACAGAUUGAAGCAUUUUGUUUCAUCAUUUUCCUUUAUUUAAAAAGAAAGAGAACAUGUGAAAAACAUAGAAUGUAAUGGAUGGAACUUUUAACUUGAAAGACUUUAGGCUCCUCUGUAUGUCCGCGGGGCUAUGGUACGGGUCUUGAAAUGGUUUCACUUGCAUGAGUUAAUCGUCAGACAAUAGAUGC